AUAGUACGAUUAGCGAAUGGACGCCCACCGCCACGUCCAGACGACCUCUCCGAAAUUCCGGUUUAUUUAACGGAAAUGCAACGGGAUUUGUUCUUUUCAUUCAUUCGGCCAGAGUCCACCUCAACUGACGGUGUACAGAAGUGCAUGCAAUGUGGCAAAAUUGUUGCGAAUAUGAUGGAGGGUCGUCGUCAUGCAGUCGGCCAUCUGCGAAUAAUGCGUUUGCGAUGUUCGCUGUGUGACUGCGGUUCGUUCUUUUGUUCGGAUAUGCGAAUGCAUCUGCAGUAUCGUCACUGUCCGAAAUUGCAAUUCGCGCCUCGAGGUUACAUUCUGCCUGGCGAUGCGGUUCCGUGUAUGACUCAACGACAGGCUGAUGAGUUGACAAAACUUGUCGAUCCACAGAAACCUGGGCGUGUUAUGUAUACAUCUGGCAAGGUAUAA